UCCAAGUUAACCGCACAGGAAAUGAACUCAACAUCCUCUCGGCGCUAACGUUUUGCUAACUGAUAAUCAUGUGAAUGGUAGUGGGGCUGGGAGAGGUCCAGAGCUGCUGCAACAAGAGGGCUGACUCACAGCAUCACGUGGGAUUCCACAAAAGCAGAUAAAAGGCUCCAGUGUUCAUACAUUUUGGACAGAGAACAGAGAACAGAGCCACUAGAGAAUCUGAGAGCCAGAAAUGGAGACCAGCACGGAGAUCACAACAGCAACCAUCAGCCAAACAAACAGCAUGCCAGCAGACCUAUCAGAAGCCCUGAAGCUAGCCACGAAGGAUUCGCAUGAACUGGCCGAGAACUCUGAGUUCAUGAAAAACUUCCAGAAGGGUCAAGUCACCCGGGAUCAGUUCAAGCUUUUAUUGGACUCUCUGUACUUCAUCUACACGGCCCUGGAAGAGGAGAUCGAGAGGAACAAGGAUCACCCGGCCUUCGCCCCUCUCUACUUCCCCUUGGAGCUCCACCGGAAAGAAGCCUUGGUGCAGGAUCUGGAAUAUUUCCACGGGCCGGGCUGGCGGAGCCACAUCGAGUGCCCGAGGGCUACGAAGAAGUAUGUGUCCAGGAUCCAGCAGGUUGGGCGCCAGGAGCCUGAGCUGCUGGUGGCCCACUCCUACAUCAGGUACAUGGGGGACCUGUCAGGGGGGCAGGUGCUCAAGAAGGUGGCCCAGAAAACAUUGCAGCUGCCGAGCACGGGCGAAGGGGUCGCCUUCUUCACCUUUGACCGGGUCACCAACGCCACCAAGUUCAAGCAGUUGUACCGCUCCCGCAUGAACACGCUGGACACCACGAAUGGAAUAAAAGAAAAGAUCCUGGAAGAGGCAAACCGGGCCUUCCAGCUCAACGUGGAGGUCUUUGCAGAGCUCCAGCAGCUGAAAACGCAGAACCAGAAGCAAGGAGUCAGCAUGCCAUCUGACCUAUCAGAAGCCCUGAAGCUGGCCACGAAGGACUCUCACGAACUAGCUGAGAACUCGGAUUUCAUGAGAAACUUCCAAAAAGGUCAAGUCACCCGGGAUCAGUUCAAGCUUUUACUGGACUCUCUGUACUUCAUCUACACGGCCCUGGAAGAGGAGAUCGAGAGGAACAAGGAUCACCCGGCCUUCGCCCCUCUCUACUUCCCCUUGGAGCUCCACCGGAAAGAAGCCUUGGUGCAGGAUCUGGAAUAUUUCCACGGGCCGGGCUGGCGGAGCCACAUUGAGUGCCCGAGGGCUACGAAGAAGUAUGUGUCCAGGAUCCAGCAGGUUGGGCGCCAGGAGCCUGAGCUGCUGGUGGCCCACUCCUACAUCAGGUACAUGGGGGACCUGUCAGGGGGGCAGGUGCUCAAGAAGGUGGCCCAGAAAGCAUUGCAGCUACCGAGCACGGGCGAAGGGGUCGCCUUCUUCACCUUUGACCGGGUCACCAACGCCACCAAGUUCAAGCAGUUGUACCGCUCCCGCAUGAACACGCUGGACACCACGAAUGGAAUAAAAGAAAAGAUCCUGGAAGAGGCAAACCGGGCCUUCCAGCUCAACGUGGAGCUUUUCCACGAACUCCAAACUUUGACCUCCAGCUCAGAGAGAAACGGUGCCGUGCACAGCAAUGACUCAGAGACCAGGAGACGCAUCGUCGCUCAGGGACAAUCAGUACUUACAGGAGCCAAUCAACACCUGCCAAAGCACUCAGAUGACUUGCUGACUCACGACAAAGGCCUGCGAUUUGCUGUACUGAUUGGUUUAGUUGUAGUAACACUCACUGUUGCAUAUUACCAAUGUAUAUGGUGAGAACUUCAGCAACGAGACACUCUCUCCUCUACUUCCGUGUUGUUGUACUAACCAAAUUUGGCCAGUUUUUAGCUUCCAUCUCCGUGCAUAGAUUUCUUGCCUCAGUGCUGGGAUAUUGUGGUUCAAUACCCACUCCUCAUGAUCCUCCAUUACAGUACUGAGAGGCUGCAGCAUUGUCAGAGGUGUCAGCCCCUGUAUGAAGUGAUACACCCAAGAUCCUACUUCUGGAGAAAUUCUUCUGAAGAAGAGCUGGGAAAUUUUCCUGGUGUCCUGGCCAAUAAUUAAUUAUUUCUGAACCACUGUCACGAAAUAACAAGUUGAUUUUAUCUGUUCAGUAUCACUUUUUUUUGUGGGAGCUUGCUGUGUUCACAGUGGCUGCCAUGUUUUCUGCAAGCAAUGACUUUUCAAGAGGCACUUAAAUUGACUAUCGAGCAAUUCUGGCUAUCCUCAGGUGGUGAAAGGCGCUAGAUAGAUGCAGAAUCCCCUCCCUAAAGCUCUGUGAGGUCCAUGGGCCAGAGUGCACUCACCACAAUGUGGGGCAGGAAUGAUCACCAGUUUCCCAACUCCCAUCAGCCCCUCUGUCAGGGUCAAAGGGGAAACAAGAUCCUGGAGGGUGAGGGGAAUCUGCUCCUAAUCCAUAGGGGGCAUAGCCCUUGCUGUUUUUCCCCUGUUUGCAUGUGAUGCUGGUCUCUGUGAAUGGAUUGCAAGGGAAGGCCAACAUGGGAACAGGAGGAAGCUAUUCAGCCCCUGCUUACUCAUAGAAUCCCUACAGUGUGGAAGCAGGCCAUUCGGCCCAUUAAGUCCACACUGACCCUCCAACAUCCCAUCCAGACCCAUCCUCUAGCCUAACCCUAUAACCCUGCAUUCUCCCAUGGCCAAUCCACCUAACCCAUCAAUCCCUGGAUACCCAUGGUCAAUUCACCUAACUGGUACAUCUUUAGACUGUGGGAGGUAACUGGAGCACCAAAAGGAAACCCACACAGAUACAGGGAGAAAGUGUACACCACACAUAAUCAUCUGAAUGUGGAAAUGAACAUUGCCCUUGGUGCUAUGAGGCAGUAAUGCUGACCACUGAGCUAUCAUGCUAUCUGUUCCACUCUAAUGUGGCUGGCUGACCUCAAAUUUCACCCCUUAGCCCUGCACCCCUUAAUAAUCCAACUGAGCAAAAGAUUGGAAAUUGAAUCCAGGCCCUGGGUCAGCAUUUAUUGCUUAUUAAUGUCUUUGAGAAAGUAGUGACAAGCCACUCUUUUGUUUUCAACUGCUGCAGUCCAUGUGCUGUCGGUACACUGACUUACGAGGGAGUCCUUAAUCUAGAUGCUCCCUUCAGGGAAACGUUUUUUGUGUCUAACUUACUGAGUCGUUUUCAUACUUGACUGAUGGCACUUUCAACGGUCUACACUCAGGAGGAUACACCCCAAAUCUACAUCGCCCAACCUCAUCAUUUAACCCUUUCAGCUCUUCCACUGCCAACCAACAAUCUUGUUCUGGUGAAUCUGUGCCUGUUGGCAAGUCACCACCUAUCGGGUAAAAUGCAGGAUCAGUGUGCCUGCAGUAUUUGGGGCUUUGACUAGGCUUUUGAUCACCUAUCCCAUCAACUAUAUAAAGGACUCCAAAUAUGUUUUCCAAAGUUCGAGGAGCUAUACAAAUGCAAACUGUUGUUCUUAAAAUGACUGGCAGUUAGGCCUUCAAAUGUGGGAAGUUCCAGUUCGUGGAAUUUUUGUACAUUUGCUUCUGCUUAUAACUGAAGAAAAAAGCAGCCAUGUGAUUAUGAUCAUGUUAGUGGGAUCAUGCUUGGCAGAAAUGUCCUACCGUUCACAACAAUGACUGCACUUCAGAUGUGUUUAAUUACUUGGAAAGCACUGUGGGAUGUCUAAUGCGAAGGUGUGAUAAAGAUGCAAUUUCUUUCUAUUUUUGUUAGUUUCUGUAUAUAGAUUAAAAAUAUAUAUUUGUACAAACUGUUUUCAAACCAUUUCAAAGUGGGCAAGUGCAUUUGAAUUAAAAUUGAUAUUGAUUUCA